CUGUAUUUGACGAUCUUCCAAGAAGACACCGGAAAAAUACAUGUUUAUAUGCAACGCAAAUAUGUCUGGGUAGUUGGGAAGAGUCCAAACUUGUCAUGCUAAAUCUGACACGUACAAAACUCUGCGUUCUUGCAAAGGAAUCUUGUGAAGUUUGUCUUGCUUCUGGGUGCAGUAUUCCAGACCAUCUUUGUGGUCCACGAGAUGCGUGACCUCCAGACCCAGGCAUAUUUUGCGCUGGAUAUUUUACUAUACGAGCAUUCUUUUGAAGCACUUCCCCGCACUCUGCGCUCCGACUGCUAAACGAAAAUCGUCCUCGUCUACCAGUUGUAGAAGAGAGGACAAGAAGAUCAAGGGAAACUGUUGUUAUCAAAUGUAAAAAUCUCUGGGUCUGGAGGAAGAAUGCAACUUGUCAUGCUAAAUCUGAAGCAUGCAAAAAUCUGUGUUGCAUGAUUACCAAAAGUGGGUCGUCCAGUUUUGACCAAGUCGGGAGGGAGUUUGUCAUGCAGGAUAGGCAUGAGAGAGAUCGCACAGAAUCUGUCAUGCUAGGUCCCGCAUUCCUGGGCUCAUCGGUCAUGGAAAAGCUGCAUGACAAAUCGCGCACUCUUCUAGACCCAGACACUUUUACAUUUGAUAGUUGUACCGUUAUUGCGAGAUCGCACGGACUGUCUACAUCUACAUACAAGACACACGACCGGAGCAACGAACAACGGGGGAGGAUAGGAGUUACUGUUACUCUCGACGUGGUAUAAUUAUUUUUCAGCUACAUGAUUUUCAUGCUGUACUAAGUAGUACUACCAUUGCGCCGCAUUUGUGUCGUGGGUUGAUUCACUAUCCCAGGAGGAGAUCAUGAUAUGAAAGUGGAACAUCUAUCAAUACCAUACAGGUGGUUGUUGCACUGACGUCCGCGCACACGACACUGCUGCACAAACCUGGAGGUUCAGCAGAACGCAGUCACCUACUUACCUAUCAGCUAACGGAAAGGCCAAAUUUGCUUCGGACCCGCACCUGGAGGACCAAGUCCAAGCUACACAUCAGAGAACCAAACGUGGCCGAUCGCCGGUCUUGGUCGAAGGUACUUAUACAAUUUUGCCUUCUUCGGCGAUGCUUCUUUCCUUACGGUACACGUACUUGAUAUGACGUUAGCAUUUCUUGUCAUGCGUGUUUGUCAAAGCAUAUUUUGUUUCGGCACUUUAUCCCGCACAAGAACUCUAGUUGGAGAAAAAAUUUUCUUCGCCACUACACAAAUACAUAAUCAAUGAACAGGUCCCGUCUAAUAUUCGCGUGUCGGGAAAUUUUUAUUGCGGACACGCAGCCGGGUGGACCGACUGCGGCCACUGCUCUCGAGACUGA